CUUGAGGCGGUAUGGACAACUGGGAUGACGAAGAGUCCGGGGAUGAACGACGAGUCAAGCCUCUACCCGUUGUGGCUCCAAGUCGGAAAUUUGAAGGCGAAGAUGAAGAUGAGGAUGUAGCGGAUGAUUGGGAAGCCUCGUCCGAAGAAGAGGAGGCACCACUGCCUCCGCCUGUUGCACCUCCUAAAAAGAGAAUGACACUGAAGGCUAAGAUAUCAGAGAAGGAAGCUGAGAGGGCUCGCCAACUGGCAGAAGAUGAUGAAGGGGAGAGUGUAAUCGACGAAGCGGAGCAGAGACGGAGAGACAAACAACAUCAGCUCGAAACAGAUCUUGCGAAUGCCAGCGCCUUGCUUUCAGGAACGUCGGUCUCCGGCAAGUCAUUGCCAACAGAAAUCCAAGAACUGCUUUCCUUCACACCAAAGACGAAGGAUGAUUUUGAGGCUUACUCAAAGAAGAUUUUCGAUGCUUUUAUUAGGAAGCAUCAAGAGAAGCCUCUUUAUGCUGUAUUUGUUGAGAUGCACGUUAAAGCUCUGGCCCAGUCGUUACGGGACGUGGAUGUCCGCAAAGCCGCCAGCGGGUUAACUGCUCUAGCUAACGAAAAGCAGAAAGAGCAAAGAGAAAAAGCCAGUGGAAAGAAAAAGACAAAAACAGCUUCAAAGCCAGCCCUCGCCGGCACCAGGUCCGUGUCCAAGGUUGACACUGCUGCAUACGAAGAAGCUUUGGAUGACUUUGACGAUGAUGAUUUCAUGUGAAUUUUGGGCGAACCUUCUCGACCAAUGCUCUGCGUAUCAGAUAACCGACAUGU